CUGACGGAUUAACGGCUGUCAAACCAGCGGCAAAUCUUGCACUGCCAUCCGCACCAAGAGGCUUAUACAUUCAGCUCCAUAAAAGCUAUGAAGUGCAAUGAAAGUCGGCUAUUGAUGCGUAUUUUGUUGGUAGUUUUUCUCAUUUUUCAAUUGUUUACCGCGACAAUAUUGGACUCCUCUCUGGAGGAGACAGUAAUUGAAGAUUUCUUCAUUUGUCGUUCAUGUGGUCACGACAUCAGUCUGUCUAACUUUCUACUCGAUAAGCACAGUCCAUUGGCCAUCGGAUCUACCAAUCAGACGUUGCAGGUGGGGAGGCAAAUAGCCGUACAGGAAGUCCAGAAUACGCUUGGCAUUCGGUUUAAGAUAAUCGUAGUUCAGCAAGCAUACUGCGCCAAGGUUGACUCGUGGAGUACUAUCCAUUCGUGGUUUCCCGGUUACGCGUGGAAACUGUGCGUAUGCCCCAAGUGCCGAACGCAUUUGGGUUGGAUGUUUGAACCAACCGAAACCGCCACAUCUGAGCGCUACUUUCCGACAGAGAACGGGUUCUACGCUCUAAUCUACAGCAACGUCAUAUCAGAGAGAUACGUCAACUCACUGUUAAUGCGAGAGAAAGUUCUACGGGACGACUAACUACCGACAAUACAAGUUUCUGUGUUCAAAAUGGUUGACCCCAAGCGGCACAUCAAUGUUCUUUCGGAGGAGGAUCAGAUGUUCCUGAGUGAAUGCGAAGAAGAAUUCAAGGACCGGUUCACAGAGCAUGAUGCCGAGUUUCAAGCAUA